GACUGGGCCGAUACAAAUGUGUGUUUUCGCCUGAACAAGAAACAGAGCUAGCAGAUUAUGUACAGACCAUGGAGAGCAGAUUAUUUGGACUAACCAGAAUUGAACUGAGACGUUUGGCAUAUCAGUUGGCAGAGAGGAAUAAUAUACAGCACAAUUUUCAUCACGAAAUGGCAGGGGUCGAUUGGCUGAAGGGAUUUUUACGGCGACAUCAAAACUUAUCAGUGCGAACUCCUGAGGCUACGUCUGCUGCGAGAGCAAUGGGAUUUAACAAAGUGGUUGUUGGACAAUUUUUUGGUCUCCUAACAAAGUUAAUGGAUGACUAUAAUUUUCGACCAACACGAAUUUACAACGUUGAUGAAACGGGUUUAACUACCGUUCCUAAAAAUGGACAUGUAACACAUACAAAGAAUCUUAAACUGAUAGAUCUCGCUAAGGAGCACGGUAUUAUUAUGCUAUGCUUCCCGCCUCAUUGCACACACCGUCUGCAACCUCUAGAUGUCAGUUUUAUGGGACCAUUAAGCACGUUCUAUAGCCAGGAAGUAAAAACGUGGUUAAGAACAAACCCUGGGAGGGUAGUCACCCAAUUUCAAGUCGGCAGAUUAUUUGGUCAAGCUUACGCUAGAGCUGCAACUGUUCAAACCGCCGUGUCUGGGUUUUCAAAAACGGGAAUUUACCCAUUAAGCCCUCAGGUAUUUGGCGAAGCUGAUUUUGCUGCUGCCGAGACAACUGAGCGAAGGCCUACAGAUCCAGUAGAAAACAACGCUGAUGAGCAAGUUUUAGAGCAAGAAGAAGAAGAACCUGUAGCCGGCCCUUCCUGUGAGACAACUGGACCGAAGACAACACAUCCACAGGAAGGCAAUACUAUUGAACAAGAACCGGUAGUCGGUCCCUCUCAACGCAUGUCUAGGGAGUCAACACCAGAUCCAAACGUUUCAAGUGGAUCAGCCAGGGAAAAAACGCCAGAAAAAAUCCAAUAUCAUUAA